GUUGAGGGGGGGGGCCGACGUGGCCAAAGCGCACGGGGCGGCAAUGCCUCCUGCCAGGGGAGCGCACAAGUGACCGUCGCUUCUUCCCAUGCCCAUCUGCUGAAGCGACCCCCCCCCCCCCCCCCCGCCCCGGCAUGGAUGUGGCCAACAACACUACCUCCCCAGAACGCUCCCCCGAGGGGGAAGGUGGCCCGGGCCUCGCCGAGGUGAACCUGGGCUACCAGCUGCUCACCUCCCUGCUCUUGGGCACGCUCAUCCUGUGUGCCGUGAGCGGCAACGCCUGCGUGAUCGCGGCCAUCGCCCUGGAGCGCUCCCUGCAAACCGUUGCCAACUAUCUCAUCGGCUCGCUGGCCGUCACCGACCUUAUGGUGUCCGUGCUGGUGCUGCCCAUGGCGGCUCUCUACCAGGUGCUGAACAAGUGGACUCUGGGGCAGGUCAUCUGCGAUAUCUUCAUCUCGCUGGACGUGCUGUGCUGCACCUCUUCCAUCCUGCACCUGUGCGCCAUCGCCUUGGACAGGUACUGGGCCAUCACGGACCCCAUCGACUAUGUCAACAAGCGGACUCCCCGCCGUGCUGCCGUGCUUAUCAGCCUGACCUGGCUCAUCGGCUUCUUGAUAUCCAUCCCGCCCAUGCUGGGCUGGAGGACACCCGAGGACCGCUCAAACCCCGACGCCUGCACCAUCAGCAAGGACCACGGGUACACUAUCUACUCCACCUUCGGCGCCUUCUACAUCCCGCUGCUCCUCAUGCUGGUGCUCUACGGCCGCAUCUUCAAGGCGGCCCGCUUCAGGAUCCGCAAGACAGUAAAGAAAGCGGAGAAAAAGAAAAUCGCCGACACUUGCCUCACCCUCUCCCCGGCCGCCCUGCAGAAAAAAAGCAACGGGGAGUCCGGCAAGGGGUGGCGACGAACUGUGGAACCCCGGAGCGGUGCCUGUGUCAACGGCGCGGUGCGACAGGGCGAGGACGGGGCGGCCCUGGAGGUCAUAGAAGUCCAGCGCUGCAGCAGCUCCUCCAAGAUUCACCUGCCGCUGCCCAGCGAAGCGUGCGGCUCCCCGCCGCCCCCCUCCUUCGAGAGGCGCAACGAGAAGAACACGGAGGCCAAGCGGAGGAUGGCUCUGUCCCGGGAGAGGAAGACUGUCAAGACCUUGGGCAUCAUCAUGGGCACCUUCACGCUGUGCUGGCUGCCCUUCUUCAUCGUGGCGUUGGUCCUCCCCUUUUGUGACAGUAAGUGCUACAUGCCCGAGUGGCUGGGGGCAGUCAUCAACUGGCUGGGCUACUCCAACUCCCUCCUAAACCCCAUCAUCUAUGCCUAUUUCAACAAAGACUUCCAAAGUGCUUUUAAGAAAAUUAUCAAGUGCAAAUUUUGCCGGCAGUGAAGCCCACCGCUCCGGGACUGGGUCUCCCGCCCCGGCACCAUCCCGCCCACCUCCCCGCCGCAGCGUGCCCCCCGCUCAGCCCCUCUCCAGCGGGGCGCCGGCCUCCCCUCUCGGCUCGCUCCCCGCCGGUUUGUCGAGCCUGGCGGGUAGAGCAGCGCGGGGCAGCGCGGAGCUCCGCUGAAGCAGCGCAGAGCCGGGUAGCGGCCGCCCCCGCCUUUCCUCGCCGGGGCUGCGCUGCCGCCUCCCGCCUCCUCCGUCAUCCAGGGCAGACGUCGGGUUUGCAGGUCGUUGGUUGCUUGUGGUCGCUGUAAACCACUCCGUCUGCCCGUGUAGCAGCGGUAAAAAUAAACCACCCUAUGCAGAAAACCGCCGCGUUGGGGAUAUUUCUUGGAUUUCAGAGGAGGCGGCGGGGGGCUCCGAGCCCUGCCCUGCCCUGGCGCUGUAAGUACAGGGACGGGCGGCGGCUCCCCGAGCGGAGGAAGGGGCUUUGGACUUGGAACCGCCGAGCGGAUUUACCGGGAGGAAGCGCGGCCUCGGUGUGUAACCUCUCCAGGUACUUCCAGCGCCAUUCCCUCUGCCUUACGUGUGUGUAGCAGCUCUCCUGCUCUGUUCGGACCUUCCACUUCAUCGAGCUUCCCUUGUUACACGGCGGGGAGGGAAGGGCAGUUACCCACGCACUGUAUGGAGAUAUGUACUAUUUUAAAAAUGCCUUUGAAAAGCUGGGCUCCGUGCGGCCGUCCCCGAGCUCACCGAGAGCAGCACGGGGAGAUGGAGCUGCCACGGAGUGGAGGUUCUUUUUGGCUUGGUCUCUUUUGGAGCCACUUGAAAGUUUCUCGGGAGAUGCUGCAGUUGCACGUGUUGGUGGGGGAUAAACAAACAGAACACAACAGAAGGAACCAAACCGAUCAACCAAAACAUUACCAUGUGCUUCUGACAGCAGGGGAGGGGCUGGGAGCAUCCCGGCUACUGCCGCAGGUGGCGAACGCGAAAUCUCUCUGGGAAGGGGCGGCUCUCCACUCCUCAGGGCCAGUCCCGGCCGGAGUAAGAGUGACCACCUCCCAGAAUUAGAACCGCAAGCCAAAAUAAGUCAGUGUCACCGCGAUGCUAAGGGCAGGAGCAGCCGCACAGGUGAGCCCUUAUCCGGCUUCUCCCCGCUCCGCAACCCCCCGCAGAGGGUGCCUCUCUACCGGUAACCCCCGCUGCUUCACCUUGGGGUGCUCCCCGUCUCCGCCCCGCUCGCGGUGGUGGUAGAACAGCCCUCGGCCCGCCCCGCCGUGCCCCGCCGCUGUGUCCCGGCCUUCCCAUGGGCACGCCCGGGAGCUCUUGGGCCGGACCGGGCGGCUCAGAGCCCUGUGCGCACCUCUGCGAAGGACCGCCUGAAUGGAAUGCUUGACCAAAUAUAUAUAUAGAUAUAUUCCUGUUUGGUGUAAUCUAUGUUAACUGUAGGUUAAAGGGAAUGUUACAUCUGCGCGUUACGUGAAUGUAAGUGUCCACUCGUUUCCGAACGUUAGCAGCUUACAUUAAAUGGCAAUAGUGCUCUUAACAGCCUCAGAGAUACACUGACUUUCUGAAAAUCUCAUUUGACCUCAUUUUCGCAAUUAAAGUGAUCUUUGAUCUUA